CGCGCCCCCGCCUGCCUUGCUCAAAGCCUGCGAAGAGCUUGGCUGGGCUCUCCCGUCGCAGGAGGGCAGGCGGCUGAGCAGCCCCGCGGGUCCCGCCGGGCCCCUUUCCGGGAGGGAGGCGCGUCUAGCAGGGCGUGGUGGGCCGGCCGUGCUCCUUCAAACCCCCCGCGCCGGACAGGCAUGUGGCGCCUCGACGCGAGCCUGGUUGUAGCCGGGGCGUGAGGUGGCCGCUUCGCGCUGCUCCGCCGUCGAGUCCCUCGGACUGUCCCGAGCCUUCGUCGUCGUCUGCAAGGGAAAAAGGAGGAUGAAGGAGGUAAUGGCUAAUAACAGUACAACAAAUAUAUCUCAAGCAAGAAAAGCAGUGGAGCAGCUGAAAAUGGAGGCAUAUCUGGACAGGAUAAAGGUAUCCAAGGCUGCGGCUGAUUUAUUGGCAUACUGUGAUGCUCACAUGGGAGAAGAUCCCCUUAUUAUUCCAGUGCCCACAUCUGAAAAUCCCUUCCGGGAGAAGAAGCUCUUGUGUACUAUUCUCUGAAUCACCUUGCAAUUAAAAAUGACCUUUGGGAGAAAA